AACUUUGGCCCGGGUUUGACUCACGAAGCCGCGGAUUCCUUUAAGGAAGUGGGCUGCAGCUUUGGGGAGUGCGGCACACAGCAUAGGGCCAUAACAAGGAUGCACUUCAUCCAGUUCGCUUCUCUCUCCCCAUUGCAUUUGAAGAUGAUGCGAUUGUUGCUCCUUUGUCUGCUGCUGCCAACCGCUACUGUUUUUUCAGAUGAGAUUGAAGGAUCCGCUUUUGAUGGCCAGGAUGAUGAGGAUUCCUUUGAGGAAAAUGAGUUGACGGAGAUCCAGGACAGAAAUGAUUUAGACACAUUUGUUGAUAAAACCAAAGGUGCCGAGGACAUGACAGAUCAAUUCACGCUGAUUGCCAUCAUCGGAGGCGUGAGCGUGUUGGCUCUUUCGGUCGCAGUCAUAGUGGCUGUUAUGUUAGUAAGACGCCGCAUGCACAAACAACAGCAAGGAAUUUACUCUGUACCUACAGAGCAGGACCAGAAAGGGGCAGUCUAGUUCCUGGAAAAGAACCCAAUCUGGAUCACACACACGCAUGCAAGAGCGACUCACCAGGCAGCAUCAUCUCAUUAUGAGGAUUAUGGUUCUUUAAUAGCGCUGUGUAUCGCUCCUCCAAAACCUAGCCAUCCAUGAGUAAUGCUGUUAUGUCCUUUUUUUUUUGGUCCCUUCUGUUUGUAUCCAACAAAUACCUAAUUUGAAGACAUGUUCAAAUUGGAUUCUAUUUUGGGGAAUCUAAAUCAAAUGGCAAGGAAUAGGCUUAAUGCUUGUUUUGUUUUUUUCCCCAAGGAUAUUAUUUGUUUGACUUCUGGAACUCCCCUGGUGUUUUUUUUAUCAGAAAUAAGCGGCGCAGUGAAAGAAUAUUUAUUUUGGUACACGUGGAGUAAACUUAUCCAUGUGGAGUGGUCGUUGACUGAGACUAAAUUUGCUAAUCCAAAUUAAGACAGCCAAAAGGGCCACACUUGGUUUUCUGGGUCACUUGUAUGACAAUUUUGGUUUUCAUGGCCCGUUAAGACCGACAGCAGGUUGUGGAAUAGAAGAUAAAAAGUACUCUGCCAUCUUGCUCUCAAAUCAACAAAUCAAUCAACUCCUCUUUCAUUUUCUUUUUUUUUUUGUUUCGGAAACAUCCCUCUUCAAAAUCCACACUUGCGCAGCUUGUAAAUAGCCGUGUGACUGCCGAAGAGGCAGUUUAAUGGUUGGAGGAAAAGCCGGGUGAGAAAAUCUCAUGAAUCAAAUAAAGCCUAAUGGACGAUUGGGGAACAAAGUAACAAUACCUCCAUUCCAUCCACACAGAGCCUGAUAGUUCCCCCGCUGCCGUUUUAGCGGAAAUCAAUCAUUCUCUGCCAAGCAAAGAUGUCAUUUCUGCAACAUGAAACGUUGGUUAUUUGGAGGAGGGGGGGAGUUUUUGUAGCAAAGGUUGAAUUGGAUGGGGCGCCGCUUUUCACUUUCCACUUGUCGUGUAGUGAGAGGUUCUCUGACAAAGGUAGCGGGAUUAAGCUGCGUUUGGUGACAAAGAAAAUAACAUCUCACUUUCCCAUUACACCUUGCAGCUCUUUGUAGCAGAGUCAACAAGAUUUCAAAAGGGACAAUACAAUUAUUGCUAUACAA